AUGCCAUUCCAACUCAAAUUUUCUAUAUAUGAUGCUUGUAAAAUUGCUGAAAGUCGAGGUGGCCAAUGCCUUUCUGAUAAUUAUAUUAAUUGUAAUACUCCAUUAAGAUGGAAAUGUGUAAAAGGACACAAAUGGACUGCUAACUUUCACAGUAUAAAAAAUGGAAAGACAUGGUGUUCUAUUUGUUCUGAUACUAGACUCAAUAUUUCAAUUGCUAAAGAAUUAGCACAUAGCAAAAAUGGUGAAUGUCUUUCAGAAGAAUAUAUCAAUAAUCGGUCACCUUUAUUAUGGCGUUGUGGUAAAGGACAUGAAUGGACUGCCAAUCUUAUUAGUAUAAAACACAAAAAAACAUGGUGUCCAGGUUGCAGACGCAUAAAACCUCUUAAUCUUGAAAUUGCUAAACAAAUAGCAUGUGAUAGAAAUGGAAAGUGUCUUUCAACCGAAUAUAAAAAUUCCAAUGUUCUAAUGCAAUGGCAAUGUAACAUGGGAUAUAAAUGGAAUGCAACACUUAGUAGUAUAAAAGCUGGGCGAUGGUGUCUACAUUGUGCUGGUUCAAUUCCUCAUACUCUUGAAAUUGCUAAACAAAUUGCGCAUAGUAGAAAUGGGAAAUGCCUUUCAAGCGAAUAUAAAAAUCUUGAAACUGAUUUAAUAUGGAGUUGUGCUGAAGGACAUGAAUGGUACGCCCCUCUCAGUAGAAUAAAAAACCAAGGCGCAUGGUGUCCUUAUUGCUCAAAAUAUAAACGCGAAAAUUUGUGUCGAGAAAUUGUAUCAAAAUAUCUUGGACCCCCAUCUAAGAUACGUCAACCUGAAUUUCUCAAAACUCCAGAACAUCCAAGUGGUUUACAUCUUGAUAUUUAUUAUCCAGAAUACGGAUUUGCGAUCGAAGUGCAAGGAGAUCCCAAUAAUUUUAUCAAACAGCAAGAGCGGGAUCAACUCAAGAAAGAAUUAUGCGAAGAAAAUUGGAUCGUUUUAAGGUAUGUUUGGUACUACGAAGACCCAUAUGUAAUUAUUCCAGAGAAUCUUCGAGAAUUGGGUCUUAUUGAGUAA